GCCGCUACAGAGGCAGUUGUCACAGGAAAUGUGAACCAGAUACUACUUUCUAUUCAUGGCACAAUUUCAAAAUAGGAGCUUGUCUGAGGGUUCAGGCCGGGGCUCAGGCGGAGGCUCAGGAUCAUGAUGCUUCUACUGCAAUGGCUCGUAGUCAUCCUCUGUUUACAAAUAGAAGAAGCCGUCUCCACAGACAGCAAAGUCCCAUUGACGGUGAUAGGGACCGUGGGGAAGUCAGUCAUUCUUCCCUUGAAGAUCUCAUCAGACAAGAUUCGAACUAUUGUCUGGCUUUCUCACAACUCUCUUGCCACUGUCGAUGUAAACGAACAAAACUCCCACAUAAUAAUUACUGAUUCCAAGUACUAUGGUCGACUGAAAAUCUUCAGAGAGUCAAACUACUCUUUGCAAAUCAACAAUUUGACAACAGAAGAUGAAAAUUACUACAAAGGGCAAAUAACCAUAGAGAGUCAAGGCCAAUCUGAAACCUUAAUUCAAGAGUACUUCCUACAUAUUUAUGAGGAACUGAGAAAACCCCAAAUCACAGUAAACUUUACAGGGCCUGAGAAUGGUACCUGUAAUGUCAUUCUGCUGUGCUCCCUGGAAAAGGAGGGGAAAAAUGUGACUUACAACUGGAUAUCCCUGAAAGAUGGAGAGGAAGACACUGCCUAUGAGGGACCCAACCUCACAGUCUCCUGGAGACCUGGGGAAAGUGAACCAAACUUUAUCUGCAGAGUCACAAAUCCCAUCAGCAGUCAGAGGUCCCAGCCAAUCCCUUCUUCAGGACUCUGUACAGGAGCAUCAUCUAGGAAUUAUGUUAUGCUGAUCGUAGGAAUUGUAAUUGCGGUUGUGCUGUGUGUAGCCAUCAUGGUUGGGAGUAUUUUUUGGAAGAAAAAAAGACAAGGUUUCAUCCAAUACUCUCCCAACAAUGUUCAGCAACAGGGGGCUGCCACUGAGGGGAACACAGUAUAUGCACAAGUCAAUCAUCCAUACAGGAAAAAGACCGAAAGGCCUAAUAUUCCAGACAAAAAGGAUUCUAUGACAAUUUACUCUACCAUCCAGUCAACUAAGGAGGACCCAGGGGAAGAAUUCCAGCACAUUGAGUGUAACCUGUACAGAAGAUUUAUGGGAGGAUAUGAAACAGAAUGUGCUAUGGAUGACUUGUGUUUUCCUUCUUUGGAGGAAGGACCCACAAUGAUGAGAUCAAGACGACACUGAAAAGGCAGCCACGCUUCUUGAAACAUCUGCUUAUGACAAACUCAUUUAAGGAACCAGGCAAGAGUAUCACUUCAUUUCUCCAGACCUCAGUUUCCUCAUCUAUAAAACAAGGGGGUAGACUGGAUGAGCUGAGGUUCCUUCCAGUGCUUAAUCCUUUUAUCCUAUGAUUUCUGCCUCCCUCUGCCUUUCCACUCCAGCAAUGAAAUGAUGGCAGACUUUCCCAUGAGGAUGGUUACCCUCCGUAUGACAAGAAGCCCAGCAACUUUUCUAGCCAGGUAAAAGCAGAUUCUGGACAUGGAUAUUCUCCUCACCAACUCUUCAGAAAUAAACCACGAUAUCUAGGUUCUACUGCUAAAGUAAAGUCUUCACACCCAGAAAUUAAGUCAAGUAGCAUCUCCUCAAUGCUGGGCCAAGAUAUAUUUCAGAAACAUGGCUUAUAGAAUGACUUUUUCUUCGUUAAAUUAACUGAUGGGGGCAAGAGAUUUAGAAGAUUUAGAAGAACUGGAUUUAGAAGAACUGGAAGCUGCUCCCCCAUUGAGAAGUCCAUGAAAGCUGGGGGGCCAAGAAAUCAUCAUUUUCCAGUGGAGACUUCAGGCUACUGUGGGUUGCAGCAUCCCACUCCCCCUAUCUUCACUAUGCACUCUCAUUUAGAUGCCUUGCCAUCUCUUACUCCUACCCAUUCAAUGAGAAAAGUAGGAGGACUGGUCUUCUCCUCCCUGAGCAGUGCCAGCUCUGGGUCAUCAAUGGACCUGCCUUCCUUCUUCUCAUUCUUUGAAAUCCACUAUCAUUUCUAAUUGCUUCUAUUGACUAGGGUUCCUAGGACCCAUUCCCACCUUACUUAGUGACUGCAGAACCUGACAUACAUUCUUCUUCUUCCCUUCGGACAAAGGCAUCCCCUUCAGAGACUUUGAUAUCCUAUCAGUAAGCCUUUGCAUACGCUAGCCUCAUGUUUCCUCAGCCUUCAUAAUUGUAAAGACCUCCUCUCCUUCGAAUCGAUCAUGCGUUUCUCCUCACCUUUGUGUUGUUAGACUUCAUCAAGGUAGCACUGGAAAAGUAAAUGAACCUAGAAGUUGAAAAGGACUUGAAUUAAGCACCUACCUCUGCCACUUACUACCUCUGCAAUCAUAGGCAAGUCUCUUUGCACCUCUAUUUCCUUGUCUGUAAAAUGGGGGAUAAGAAUAAAUGUAGUUCCUACUUCACUGGGUUGUGGGAGGAUAAAAUGAGGUUAAUUUAUGCAUAAUGUAAUAAUCACCGGGAAGCCCUUGAUCUACUAGACUGGGGUAACUCCCAUGGAGCUGGGUAUGUAUGCUGUCAACCCUGGCUAAAGGACUUGCAUGACCAGAAGUUUGUGGUUAGUUGUGCCCCUUUGAUUGCGGGCUGUACCUAGAGGAUUGGCUGCUGAGCCAAGAAGAGCCACCCUCUCUGUGGACUAUUAGGAAUGAGGAAAGACUGCUUUCGAUAAAGUUGUUGCGAGGCUCAAAUAUGAUAGUAUAUGCCAGUGCCUGGCAUCUAGAAAUGCUUAUUCCCUUUCUCUUCCUUUCUGGCCUCUUUUGAGGUAACCUCUUUGUCAGGACAUAGCCAAUACUAGCUCUCCCUUGGACUUCCAGUAAGGAGAGGG